UCCUGCAGAAACGCUUGGAACCUCCGAGAGGGAAGGAUUCCCAGAGCUGAAAUAAGUUUGGGUGCUUGCUUUUGUAGACGCUCCCUCCGAAUGCGCGUAGAGCGCCCCACAGGACCGCCGCCCUCUGCGCGUUGGCGCGCACACGCCCCCCGCCAGCCUGGGCGCCGGGCUCCGAACCCCCGGUCUGCAAACUUGCGCAUCUCCCCUCGCCGCGCCCGCCAGACAACUUGGCGAACAGCUCGCUCGCCCGCACCCCGCUUCCUUCGGCCCUUCCUUCAAAUCCCAAACGCACCGCCGUGCUCCAGAGAAGGUGUCCACGUCGCCCCCAGACCCCGGAGCGCCCCCUCUCCACCCCCGGGGCUUCCCACGUCGAGCACUCCUCCCGCCCCCCGCCCAGAUCUGAGAGGGACCGAAAACACACCCCCGACUCGGGCAGCCAGGGCCGAAACUGUCAAGAGGAGAAAAGUGUUUGAAGUCCACCUGAGGCCCUGCUCUCUGUUCAUCACCCGGCCCUUCUGGACACCCAUGGAGACUCCAGAAUACCGAAGGGUCCACUCCAGCCAGUGCACAGAUGGAGUCUCACUCUGUUGCCUAGGCUGGAGUGCAGUGGCGCGAUCUCAGCUCACUGCAAUCUCUGCCUCCUGGGUUGAAGCAAUUCUCCUGCCUCAGCCUCCUGAGUAGCUGGGGUUACAGGCGCCCACCACCACACCUAGCUAAUUUUUGUAUUUUUAGUAAAGACAGGGUUUCACCAUGUUGGCCAGGCUGGUCUUGAACUC